AUGGGGGGUCUGCUUUCAGGCCCGUCGACGCAGAAAGACUCCGGAGAUGGCAGGUCCUACACCAAUGGUCUGGAAUGGGGAUUCAGCGCCAUGCAGGGUUGGCGAGACCGAAUGGAGGAUUCGCACUUGGCCAUCAGCUCGCUGGCCUCUCCGGCGGUUUCAAGCAGCGCGCGGUGGCGAGACUCCUCGCUCUUCGUUGUCAUGGACGGUCAUGGAGGUGAACAUGUGGCCCAGUUCUGCCAGCGCCACUUCCCUGCGGAGCUGGUACUGCAGAACAGCCAGGACUGCAGCGACGCGCUCAUGCGGGCUUUCCACCGUAUGGACACUCUGCUGAUGGAUUCUCAGUACCUGGAAGAGCUGCAGAGCCUGGGUCGAAGCUUAGCUUUCAAGUCUUGGGCCAACCCCGAAAUCAUGGGCUGCACCAUGGUGGCGGCCGUGGUACGCCCGGAUGCGAUCUUUGUAGCAAAUGCUGGAGAUAGCCGAGCCGUUCUCUGCAGACGCGGAAAGGCGAUAGAUAUGUCAGAAGAUCACAAACCGAACAGUCCGGUGGAGUUGUCACGCGUGCUGCGGGCUGGAGGAACCGUGGUCCAGCAGCACGUGGGCAACCACGUGCACUAUAGAAUCAAUGGUAAUCUAAAUCUCUCCCGCUCCAUCGGCGACUUGCUGUACAAGCAGAAUCACACCCUGUCGGCCGAGGAGCAAGUCAUUACUUGCCAUCCAGACGUCCGGUGCUUCAGCCGACAGGCGGACGACGAAUUCAUGAUUCUGGCCUGCGAUGGUGUGUGGGAUGUCCUUAGCAGCCAGGAGGCUGUCGACUUUGUGCGCAUGCGCCUUGGCAGCUUCGCCGACCUCGCAUUCCGGCUGCAGGAGGGUCGCUUGCGCUUGUCUUCGAUUCUCGAGGAGAUGCUCGAUGCCUGUGUGUCCCCAGACUUGGCGCAGACGAUGGGCAUUGGAGGUGACAACAUGACGGCCCUGCUGGUGGUCUUUUCCGAAGGAGGACGCCAGGCCAACUGGCUGGACAGCACGUCCGUGUUGCCGACUCAGUCGUGGAUGUGCCCAUACCGGUGA